ACAUGGAUAAUAAUGAACAGUCCCAGGCAGUCCUACCUGUAGAAGUUGAUGAGGUAGAAGGACUCUUUAGCAAAUAAGACAGCAGAAAUCUCAGAGAAGCCUCCAAGUGAUGAAGAAUUUGAGUGGGAGGAAUACCUAGAAGAGACACAAACAGAAGCUGUGCCACCCUCUGCCUUUUAUCAUGUGGAGAAGAGUCUUGAAUCUGGCAUGGAAGUUGGUCAAAUCUUGGAGGUAAUCCAUCAUAAUGAAGAAGAGACCCCCAUUGGUUAUUGGAUUGCCAAGAUUGUCACUAUAUGUGGUCCGCUGCUGAGGUUACGAUAUGUAGCUCAGAGUUCUGUCAGCUUGGAAGUUUGGAAAGAAAUAUCAUCUGGUAACCUUCAGCCAGUUGGAUGGAGCAGCCAGCAUAGUAUCCCUUUAGCACCUUCCCAAGAACUGUUUAACAGUUUAAAAGAAGAAUCAUCAGUAGCAGAAGCCAAGAAAGCUGUAGAGGAAGCCCUUUUAACAUGCCAUUCUGUGCCUGAAGAAGCUUUGGAAGGGGAUGGUUAUACUGCUAUAGAUCGCAUUAAACAGGGAAUGAAAGUGGAGGUGCUACAUGAAGGAGACCCUUUUAGUGGGUGGGUUGCAACUGUUUUGCAAAAUGUUGGGGGUAGGUUGCAACUUCGUUAUGACACUCCAGACUGCUCUGGUGAAAUUUUAUGGCUGUUUUAUCAGCAUCAUCGUUUAAGACCUCUUGAUUGGAUUUAUCACCAAGGCACACCUUGGCGACAGACCCCUCCUCCACUUAAUUUAUGCUUAAGACUCUCCGAAGUACUUAGCUCUUCAGGAGGAAGUGUUGAAGAUGCUGGACAAGGGCACAGAGGAGGAACUACAUUGUUCUUCACCGGGGUUUUACAGUUGGAUUUUCCUGGUUCCAAAGGCUACAGGCAGUUGGAGGCCAGUGUUAGAUCUUUCCACGCAGAACCACUUCAUCAGGAGGACAAGGUUCAGGAUGGAGACACCCCAAACGGUUUACUCCUGUUCCUUGAUCCUUCCAUUGAUGGUUGGGAUGCUCAUUUGGAGGAUCUCUUGCCCUCUGGUGUAUUGAGCGUGGAAGACAAGCUGGUUCACAUCGUGUUGGAGUUGAAAACAGCUUUCCUAGGUCUGCAAGAGUUCUGA